AUGGCGGAUUCGACAGCAGACGACGCCAGUCGCUCGCAGAAGCGCAGCCAUGCAGAGUAUGCAGAGCAGGACGGUUCAGACUCCUCGUCCGACGAUGACAUGGGGCCGCAGCUCCCCACCGAAGCCCCCAAGAAGAAGCGCCGCGUCCUGCCCUACGAAAAGCUCUACAUCUCGGCGCUGCCCAAGUCUGUCCGCUACUCCAAGUCGCUGAUGCACAAGGAGCAGGUGCUCUUCGCUACCUGGACGCCGCUGACCGAUUUCCUCAUUACGUCGUCUGCAGACGGCGUGGUCAAGUUCUGGAAGAAGAUUGGCAAGGGCAUCGAGUUCGUCAAGCAGUUCAAGGCGCACAACGGCACCAUCACGUCCGUCUCGGUGAGCCGCGACGGGCGGAGCUUUGCGACGGCCGGCGACGACGAGACGAUUAAAAUCUUUGACGUCUUUACAUUCGACCUGCUGUCCAUGAUUACGCUCAAGUAUGUGCCCAAGUGCGUCUGCUGGGUUCACAAAAAGGGGGCUUCGUUUCCUGUGCUGGCUGUUUCAGAGGAUGCCAAGCCAUUGAUACAUAUCUAUGAUGGCCGGGGUGAGCAGGAGGAUGCCAUGCACACGAUCAAGGGCUUGCAUCGGAGUCCGGUCCAUCUCAUGACGUUCAACGACGAGUACGACUGCGUCGUUUCAGCAGACGAGAAUGGCAUGAUUGAAUAUUGGCAGCCCAGCGGCAACUACGAGAAGCCGAGCAACGUCUUUGAGUACAAGAGCUCGACAAACCUGUUCGACUUCAAGAAAGCCAAAUCCGUACCUACGUGCCUGACGAUAUCGCCCAACGGCAAGAGUCUGGCCGCAUUCUCACUGCCUGACCGAAAGAUACGGAUAUUCGACUUUGCGACGGCCAAGCUUCACAGGACAUACGAUGAAUCGCUGCAAGUGGCUGAGGAUAUGCAGCGGGUUGGCACAGCCGCGCAGAAGCUGGACCCCGUGGAGUUUGGCAGGCGGCUAGCUCAAGAGCGUGAGAUUGAGUCACAGACCCUGAGGAACAAGUCCAAUGUCAUCUUCGAUGAGUCGGGCAACUUUAUCCUUUACGGUUCCAUGGUGGGAAUCAAAGUUCUCAACACAUAUACAAAUCAGGUCGUCAAGGUGUACGGCAAGGAUGAGAACCUUCGCGCCCUCAACUUGGCCAUAUACCAAGGGCAGCCCCAGAAGAAGGGCAUAGUGUCAGUCGAGAUGGGUGCCUCGAGCAAUCCUCUGCUGCAGGAGUCAGAAGCUCGAGAUCCCAUUCUCGUUGCCACCGGCGUAGGCAAGGUGAGGUUCUACAUGUUUACAAACGACGAGGAGAUUUCCAAAUCAACGCGAGACGUCCAAAACGAAAAGCCCACGGUGCUGGGAGGCAAGGACAAGGCGCAGGCGGCCAAGAAGGCGGAGACUGGAACCGCUGCCGUUCUACACACUACCUAUGGCGAUAUCCAUAUCCGCCUCUUCCCCGACGCGGCGCCCAAGGCCGUGGAAAAUUUCGUUACACAUGCCAAGCGCGGCUACUACAACAACACGAUAUUCCAUCGCGUGAUUCGAAAGUUCAUGAUUCAGGGCGGUGACCCUCUGGGCGAUGGCACGGGAGGCGAGAGUAUCUGGGGCCGCGACUUUGAGGACGAGUUUAGCAGCUUGAAGCACGACAAGCCGUACACGGUGAGCAUGGCGAAUGCAGGUCCCAAUACGAACGCCAGCCAGUUUUUCAUAACCACGGAGAAGACGCCUUGGCUGGAUGGGAAGCAUACCAUUUUUGGGCGAGCGACGCAGGGCUUGGACGUGAUUCACAAGAUUGAAAACACGAGGACGCACAAGGAGAAGCCGGAGGAGGAUAUCAAGAUUCUCAACAUUGAUGUCAUGUAA